ACUUUGCUGUCUCCAUGGUAACUAGAAGCUGACGCAAAACCCCCCACCCCCUUUUUUUUCUCAUUCAAAAACAAGAGGAAAGUAAGAGCAGCUCGAGCGGGCGCACAACUCUUUUCCUUCUUCACGCGCGUCUUCCUUUCCUUAGUCUUCAAAGCCAUAUAACAGACAAGCCAUGGACACGCUGCAACAGAUAAAUGUAAACAGAGUCAGUAGCCUGGACUGUGAAAAUUUGGAGGUUGCAACAGAUGACCAUUUGAGAAAUUUAAAGGAGUUGGCUGAGAGAUUACAUCUACAAACCAGAAGACCCUCCUAUCAAGAGUGGAAGGCCCAAGUAGAAGCUACGAGUGCCAAAGGACCGCCAGACCCAACAAAGUCCACUGUAUCAAGUCAAGACGAAGGACAGAAGCACACACAUGGACCUGAAAGAAAUGAUCACGUGUUGCACUUAACAGAAGAGUGCAGCCUGACUUCAAGUAACCUGAAAGGGUUUGGGAAUAUUGAUGAGGCUCUUGUUUGGCUGCGGAAAGAACUGAUGGAGAUGCGUGUGCAGGACCAGCAGCUGGCUCGCCAGCUCAUGCGCCUACGAGGAGAUAUCAACAAACUGAAGAUCGAGCAGACGUGCCACCUGCACCGACGGAUGCUCAAUGAUGCUACAUUUGGCCUGGAGGAGCACGACGAGCUCUCUGAUCUUCUAUGUGAUAGUCCUGUUACACCUGGCUUUGGUCUGUCUGCACCUCUUCGCCUGAUCGGUGUUACUAAAAUGAACAUAAACACAAGACGCUUCUCCCUCUGCUAGGCUGAAAGUAAACAGGGUUUCUAAUUUAAAAACAAGGAUCUUACAUAAAAAUGAAUUAUAGUGAAAAAUAUUUUGUAACGAAUCAUGAAACUGUUAGCUGUAAUGAUGCACUCACAUUUAUUUGCUUAAUUUGCUUUCAUUGCCUUCUGCUUUGUAUGCAAUAUGCUGUAUCAUUUAAAUUACACACCAAGCCUUAUAAGCUAAAUUAUACAUACAAAACAAAAACACUUGAACAGUUAAUACACACAGAAUAUGCUUAAAAUUAAAAUAAAAAAAAAAUUCUACAGGCAUAAUUAUAGCAAGAUACAGGACAAAUAAUCAUAUAAAUAUGUUUUCAUUUCAGUAAAAAUAUUUUAGAUAUAAAACUGUAUUGUUUUGACAACAGUUUUCCAUGUUUUGUAUCUACUACGACUAUUACUUUAUUAUUCAUGUUUUUUAGGUUUUGAGACACAAGAGAUUCUGGAUACAGAGAACUCAUAGCUAUUUUGGCACAUAGCCAGAUAAUUAGUUGGGGCUUGUGGUUAUUGGAAAAGUAAUCAUUGAUGGGGUGUAAUAGCAUUUAUUUUAUCCCCCUUAUAACCCUAACAAUUUGCCAAUGUAAGUUUUUUUGUAACUUUUAUAAGUUGUCUAAUGUUGUGGAACAUCCUUAAGACAGCUUCUUUUUACAGCUAUAAACAGUCAGUCGCUCACUAUGGUCUUUUCUUUUAUCUUGAAUAUAAUAAUGACGUUUGUCAUGUAACUGAGAGACUAUAAUGCACAAAGACUCCCGUGGCUUAUUACCCAAGAUGCUAGAUUUACGAUAUAUACAUUUAGUAAAAUCUAAAUUUAUAUUUAACCCCAAUAAGCCAGAGGCAUCAGCGGUGAGGAAAAACUCUCUGAGAUUAUAUAACCAAGAAGAACCAGAGUCAAAAGUGAAGAGUGUGAUUAUAUAAUAAACCAUUUCCUUUCUAGAACUUUAAUACAAAAAAUAUAUUGUUUAAUUUUUUUCCAUUGAUUCUUUAUAGUCUGCAGAUCGUCUUAAAUAAAAGAACAACGUCAAAGAUGAUUGUUAUGUAACAUUAAGAAGUGCAGUUUAAGUCAAGGCUCCUGACUUCUUUGUAUUUAGCAUAAAAGUACAAUGGAAUUUUAUGUCACUAUUAAAUGAAGAAACAAAAAGAAAAACUUUAUGGCUUUCCUUCUUUUUUGAUCUGCACAAUUACGAUAAACUAUCAUGACACCCUCCUAUAGCUG